AUGGCGCAUGACCACGGGGAGCAUCCACCAAACGAUGAUAUCCGUAGUGCUGUGAAAAAGGCGAAUGAGUCCAGGAUACCAUUGGUUAUCUGUGCUGACGCUAACUCGCACCACAUUGUAUGGGGUAGCAGCGACACCAACACAAGAGGUGAGAGUCUUUUCAGUUUCAUACUUAAUAGUAGUUUGGAAGUAGUUAAUAGAGGUUCAGAACCUACCUUCAUUGUUUCAAACAGAAGUGAGGUACUAGACUUAACACUUGUGAGUGCUGAGCACCACAGUAUGAUUAACAAUUGGGCUGUCUCCGACGACUGCUCUUUUUCUGAUCAUCUAUAUAUUGAUUUCAAUAUCAGUGUAACUUAUAGGAAUGAUAAUACCAUUCUAAAUAGGAGAAAGACCAAUUGGGAGUUGCAGAGUGAUGUACUCUCCCGGUCUCUACCAAACCCGCCCACUAUUGAAAAUAGGGACGAUAUUGAGGUAGCAGUUGAGGCACUUACAGAAGCGUUCCAAUCAGCUACUAAUUUGGCCUGUAAGCCGAAUAUCUUCAGGGGUAGGAAUAAGCCACCCUGGUGGAACCCUGAGAUUGCACACGCAAGAAGGGCGUGUCGUAAAUUGUUCAACGAGGCAAAGAGGCUGGGUAACUGGCCGGAAUAUAAGUCCUCAGUGAACCACUUUAAGAACCUUACGAGGAAUGCGAAAAGGAAAGCCUGGAGGGACUUCUGUAGCGGCGUGGAAGGAUCCUCUGAGACUAACCGAUUACGUAAAAUUCUAUCAACUUCACCGGUUGUACCAAGCUAUAUCCAGAAACCCUGUGGUAGAUGGACUCUGAAUAGUAAGGAAACACUUGAGGUCCUAUUAGAUACUCAUUUUCCAGGUUGCCUUCCAGUCGAUGAUGAGACUAUGAAUGGGGCUGCCGAUUCUGUUGCUCCGGAGCCUUCAAGUAGUUUUACCAAGUUUGGCUUAUCACAUUUUCUUCAUCAUCAUACUCAGCUGGUGCAGCGUCAUCAUCACCAUCAUCAUCUGCAUACAUCACAAUCGUCAUACUGGAACUCAUCAUCGUCAACAUUAUCAUCAGUAGUUCUACUAUGUACCAUCAUCAGCAAACCAGCAACUACCAGCACCAGUACCACCAGCACCAUCAGUCAUCAACGUCAUCUAGUGAAAAAACUGUUGUGA